CUAAUAAGAAAAGGAUGAACGAUCCACACGUAUAAAAUAGCUUCGAAUAGUUUUGUCAACACAGCCUUAGGAAACUUAUAGAAACAAAAAUUUUUAGAAAUUAACAUCCAUUUACUUUCCAUACCAUUGUACAUAUACAUAUAUUCACGUUGUUUACCGUCUGUCUAAGGAUAUUUCGUUGGCAGUAGACAAAUGUGGCAGAUGGUGAAGACGAACUUGCACACAUGUCAAGCAUGUCAUAUAUAAAUUAGCUUUACAGAUGUAUCUUUUUGAGUGUGGCAAUGCGCUUUGUGGUCUUUCGGAAAGAAUUUACAAUUUUACUUAUUGACAGACGGUCAGUACAGCGAAGAAUGCAUUAUCAAUUGACAAAUAUAGAGUAGUAAGGAAAUUAACUUUUUCUGAUUUACCAGAGGAAUAAUAAAUAUAAGAGUCCAUAUUGGAAACAUAUAGUCCAGAAGGUGAACUAAUUUUGCUUCUAGUCAUGAAAACAUUGGAGGAUAUUCAAAAUGAAUUUCCCCUGCACUGGCUGGUGUGGAUCAACAACGUAGAUGAGUUAAAACGGGUGUUGAAAACGGAAACGAUCGACAAAGAAAAAGUUGAUAAUCGUGGGAGGACACCUUUAAUGUUAGCGGUAAAAUUAUCACAUUUACAAUGUGUGAAGUGCCUUUUAGCAGCAAAAUGUAACGCCAGCUUUGAACAUGAGGGAUGGUCAGUUGUACAAGAAGCCGUUUGUUCAGGAGAUGAAGCUAUAUUGACGGCUAUCAUAGAAGUCCGCGAUUUGCAACGUCAUGUUCAACGGGUAACGCAUGUACCGAAACUGCUGCAGCACUUAUUAGACGCUCCUGAUUUCUACAUUGAAAUGAAAUGGGAAUUUACAUCUUGGGUACCCCUAAUGUCUCGUCUUUGUCCUAGUGACACCUACAAAGUUUAUAAACGUGGCGCGAAUGUCCGAAUCGAUACCACAUUGCUUGGCUUUGAUAAUAAUACUUGGCAACGAGGGAAUCGCUCCUAUAUUUUCAAAGGAGCAAAAGACUCUGCCGUAAUGAUUGAAAUCGAUCAUGACACUCAUGAAGUCAUGGAGGAACAAAUGAAUAGUGAUAUAGGAGAUAUUGUGGCAAUUCCACCCCCAAUUGGAGCUGUCCGUGCUAGGCUCAAUGCGCCUGUUAUUACGAAUAACAUUGAAAUGGAUAAGAUAAGCUUUGAACGCAACAAAUCAGGGAUUUGGGGCUGGCGUAGUGAAAAGUCCGAGAUGGUAAACGGAUAUAAUUGCAAAGUGUAUGGUGCGAGCAAUGUUGAGUUUAUAACACGCACCCGAAUGGAUCAUUUGAAUGAAGAGCAAAUAAAGAAUAAAUGUGCGCGCACGCCAUUGCAUAGCUUUUUAGGUAUUGCUGAUGAUGAAGUUUCCAGUACACGCUCUAAUGAAGGAAUAAAUUCCAAAGAUCGGACGCCCUCUCCCUCCGUUGAAACAUUGGGUCGGGAGGAAUGUCUUGAAAAUAGUACAGGAGAAGAGAAUGCUAGUUGUAGUUCAGGUACUACUUCACCUAAGUUCGUUAUUACACCAGAGGCAUACUUUUCUGUCGAUGUUGAUUUAAAUGGAUGCGACAUUGGGCGUCCCAAGAAAGUCACAACUAAGGUUCAGAGAUUUAAGGCUAAUUUAUGGCUUUCCGAAGACUAUCCUAUGCGAUUGCAAGAACAAGUUCUUCCUAUAUUGGAUUUGAUGUCAACAAUGGCGAGUCCACAUGUGUCCAAAUUGAAAGACUUUAUUACCAUGCAGCUGCCAUCGGGUUUCCCUGUAAAAGUUGAAAUACCUCUAUUCCAUGUCUUAAAUGCAUGCAUUACAUUUGGCAACGUAUUUGGUAUGACAAGCGCUGUAGAAAAUGUAACGACUAUUAACGAAGACGAUCGCAUAACCUGCAUUGUGGAUGACCGCUGCUUUGAUAUACCAACCCAUUAUUCCAAUAGAGAUGUGGACUUACGACGACAAUUACCUUUGGAGGAAGAUGAUAUGUUACAAUACGCCAUUGAACAAAGCAUGGUACAAACCACGAACAGAGCUGCCUCUAUACAAAAUAUUACAGAGGAUACGGAUAAAGUGGAUAUAUGGGAAGCAUUACGUGGGCAAGGAACCGAUGGAGUUCCAGAUGAAGACGAACAGUUACAGAGAGUUCUACAGGAGUCAUUAUGCGGUGCAGCACAUACUAUUGGGUCCCCAGUGAUAGACGAUGAUGAUGGCGGAUUUCGAUACGUGGAUCCUGAUUUAGCAAUGGCUUUGCGUCUUAGCCGUCAUGAUCAGGAAGAAUAUGAAUUGGCUUUGCAGCGAGAACAAGAAAUGCUUGAGCAGGCCUUGAAGUUGAGUUUGCAGGAGAACUAAUUUUCUGUUUUUAUUCGUGGAUUCACUUGUUGAAGGAAAAACUAACAAAUUUAAUAAACUGAAUUCUCGCUAGUGAAAUAACCUAAUUUUAAAAGCAAGGCAUUAUGUAAGAUUACAAAAUUUGAUUUCAGUGUAUUUCCAGCGAUUGUAAAGAGCUUCAAAAUAGGUGGCAUAUAUUAUGACGGAGAGGUGAUAACAAAAGUUUCUCUUGAAUUCAAGUGUUUGUAAAUUAUAAAAAAAAUGUAUAAAACAUAUUAAAAUUUGGAACAAGAUGAAUGUAUAAAUAAUAUCCAUAUGGGUUAAUUCGCCUUAAUUUAAAAUAAAUACUUCGCCAUUUAUUUAAACAUAGGCCUAUUACAAUCCCAAAGCAUGUAUGUUUGUCCCGGCUUAUCGUGGGAACUAAGUAGUCAAGCAAUCAGGAGGUCGACAUCAGCUCCUUUUAAUAAAACUUUAUUAUAAGCGUUCUUAAUGCGUUGAGUUUUAACAGAUACAUGCUUUGUGAAUUUUAAAAUAUUUAUCAAUUGAACUGAAAAUAUUUUAGGUAUAAAACUUAAUGAAUAAAGCAGUAGAGAUAUAUGUAUGUACAUGAUGAAGAUACUACAUUAAAUCCACUGUAUACAUAACAUAGCCUAAUAAGAACAUUAGAUGUUAAUGAUUUUGUUAAAAAAUAAAAUAUGCAAUAUAAAU